CCACGGGCAGGUUUUCAGACAAAGGAGCCCUGGCCAUCAGGGGACACCUCAGGUUUGGGCUGAGAUGUGUGCAGAGGGCCUGGGUCCUCCUGAGCCCCCACACUGGGGGGAAUCAGAGACAGGCCCAGCAAGAGGCUGUGUCCACUUCCUGUGGGUUGACAGCUGUGGGGACCCAGACAGGCGGCAGCAGGCUCUGACCUAACCACAUCCGCGCGUCUGUCUGUCCUGGAGGGUCGUGUGGUCUCCCGUCCCACAGCUGGAGCACGCAGAGCAGGCAUCAUGGUGUCCAUCCUCCCUGUUCUUCUGUGCCUCAGUCAGUGGUGGAGAGACGAGGGACAGGAGGGGCACUGGGCUGGGGUGAGGGGGCUCCCACAGCAGCCUUGUUCACUGGAGACCCUCAGGGGUCCAGUGGCUACUGGUGCUCCAGCAGGAAGGGAAGCAGUCACACCUCUGUCUUCCAAAUCCCCCACAGGAAACUCUCCUCCAUGGCUGAGUCUGGGCCAGAAUACCCGAGCACCUGCGGGGAUCCUCCCCAAACCCAGCCUCUGGGCUGAGCCAGGCUCUGUGAUCAGCUGGGGGAGCUCCGUGACCCUCUGGUGCCAGGGGACCCUGGAUACCCAGGGUUACCAUCUCACCAAGGAAGGAAGCACCAUGACCUGGCACCAACAGAGCCCACCAGAGCCCAGGAACAAGACCAACUUCUUCAUCCCAUCCAUGAGAGAGCACUAUGCAGGGACAUACCGCUGUCACUAUCUCAGCUCUGCAGGCUGGUCAGAGCUCAGUGACCCGCUGGAACUGGUGGUGACAGGAGCCUACAGAGAACCCACCCUCUCAGCCUUGCCGAGCCCUGUGGUGACCUCAGGAGAGAACGUGACCAUCCAGUGUAGCUCAAGGCUGGGAUUUCAGAGGUUCAUUUUGAUUGAGGAAGGAGAAAACAAGCUCUCCUGGAUGCUGGACUCACAGGAACUCUCCAACGGGCUGUUCCUGGCCCUGUUCGCUGUGGGACCUGUGGCCCCCAGUCACCGGUGGAUGUUCAGAUGCCAUGGAUAUUACAGGAACAUCACCCAGGUGUGGUCGGAACCCAGUGAUACCAUGGAGAUCCUGGUCUCAGGCGUGUCUAGGAAGCCCUCCCUCCUGACCCUGCAGGGCCCUGUCGUGGCCCCUGGAGAGACCCUGACCCUGCAGUGUCGCUCUGAUGUCGGCUACGACAGAUUUGCUCUGUACAAGGAGCAGGGACAUGACCUCCUCCAGCGCUCUGGCCGGCAGCCCCAGGCCGGGCUCUCCCAGGCCAACUUCACCCUGGGCCCUGUGAGGGUGUCCCACGGGGGCCAGUACAGAUGCUACGGUGCACACAACCUCUCCUCCGAGUGGUCGGCCCCCAGUGACCCCCUGGACAUCCUGAUCGCAGGACAGAUCCCUGACAGACCCUUCCUCUCAGUGCAGCCGGGCCCCACAGUAGCCUCAGGAAAGAACGUGACCCUGCUGUGUCAGUCACGGAGCCCGAUGGACACUUUCCUUCUGACCAAGGAGGGGGCAGCCCAUCACCUGCUGCGUCUGAGAUCAGAGCACCGAGCUCAGCAGCACCAGGCUGAAUUCCCCAUGGGUCCUGUGACCUCAGCCCACGCGGGGACCUACAGGUGCUACAGCUCACACAGAUUCUUCCCCUACCUGCUGUCUCACUCCAGUGACCCCCUGGAGCUCGUGGUCUCAGGAGGAGCUGAGACCCUCAGCCCGUCACAAAACCAGACAGACUCCAAGACUACCUCACACCCCCAGGAUUACACCGUGGAGAAUCUCAUCCGCAUGGCCGUGGCUGGCUUGGUCCUGGUGGUCCUUGGGAUUCUGCUGUUUUAGGAUUGGCACAGCCAAAGAAACUCCCAAGAUGCAACCAGGAGGUAAACACAAGAGAGAACAAUACACCCGUCAGAGUGCUAGAGCCUUGGCAAUGAAUCUGAUGGUCCCAAAAGGUUCUGAAAGAAAGUCUGGACCAUCAUUCGGGAAACUGUCUACUGAGAAGGUCGAGAAGAGGAGGUAUGGGUCAGGUGCAGGAAGAUAUCUGGGUGCCUGUAGAGAAUGCUUCCUCUAUUAAACCUCCAUUAAAUGGCGGUGAUUUCCAUCC